AUGAAUGCGUUGAGUCGAUUUUUGAGGCCCGUUUUGCCCAGUCUGGCGCGUCCCAGCUUUGGUUUUGGCCAUGCGAGCAGAACGUUUGCUAGCACGGGAAGUGUACUCCAGAAGCUGGACCUCACGCCGUUGAAGCUGUCCAACGAGCUUUACGCCGUCUUUCGCAUCCACAACCGCCCGUAUCUGGUCACGAAGGGCGACAAGGUCGUGCUGCCGUUCAAAAUGAAGCAGGCUGAGGUGGGCGACGUCUUGGACCUGAACGACGUUACAACGAUCGGCAGCCGGAACUUCAAGAUCGUGGACUCCCCACUUGACACAUCGCUGUAUCAGCUCAAGGCUACGGUGCUGGAGAAGACCAAACGUCCAAUGAGAAUUAGAGAGGUGACUAAACGCAGAAACCGGAAAGUUCGCCAUGCAGUCAGCAAACCAGAUCUCACCGUGCUCAGAAUUUCAGAACUUUCGCUCACGGAUUCCAGCGUUUAG